CAGUGAUGUAAAAUAGGUUUCUUAUUAAUUUAGACAUGUGUUUCAACCAGUUGAGUAAAUUCACUGACAUUUGCAUAAAGUGGCCAGGUCGAGUCCAUGAUGCAAGAGUUUUGUCAAACUCGGGAGUGUUUGCAAAAGCUGAAGCAGGAAAACUUUUCCCAGAUGGAGGAAAAGAGAUAUGUGGUUGCAAUGUACCAUUCAUGCUUAUUGGUGAUCCAGCAUAUCCACUGUUACCAUGGUUGAUGAAGAGGUAUCCUAACGAUGGCAAUCUCAGUCCUGCUCAAAAGAAAUUUAAUUACUACAUAAGUCGAGCAAGGCAAGUCGUGGAGUGUGCAUUUGGCCGUUUAAAAAAACAGAUUCAGAUGCCUACUUAACAAGAAUUAUACAAAUUUAGAUCAUUUGCCUAUGAAAAUUGCAGCAUGUUGUGUUGUACACAAUAUUUGUGAGAGUAGAGCUGACAAACUUUUUGCAGAUUAUGUUGAACUUAUCCCUGAUGAUGAAAUUUCAGAAUUUGUUUUACAGAAUACAGAUGCAAGUGCAGAGCAAAUUAGAAAUUCUUUAACUGAGUUUUUGAUAACACAAUAAGCCGACGAUAGCUAAAUUACUCAUGUUCUUAAAUUAAAUCAAAAUUUGUAAUAUGUUUGUUGACUUUCAGCAUCAUGGUGAACAUUGUAGAA